AUGGCCCUCCCCAAGCACCUCCCGCAUGUGCUCCUUAAGUAUGCGAUGGUGACCGCGCUGAUGGCGUUCAUUACGAAGAUGUUCGUGGCUUACGAUGAUUUACAGCGGUACGAACCGCAUUUCUCCAUGGUCGACCAUCCCUACGUUCCCCCAUCCAAAGGAGACAGUCGUUCGCCAUGCCCUGCGUUGAACGCGUUAGCCAAUCAUAAUUAUCUACCACACGAUGGCCGAGGAAUCACCCGCGAUGCUUACAUCCGCGCCCUGCGGGACGGCUACAAUCUGUCGAUUCCCCUUGCUACGCUCCUCACAUACGGCUCGCAUAUGAUUCUCGCGCAGUACAGCUCGCUUUCGCUUGCCGACCUCGCGCGGCACAACUUCAUUGAGCACAGCGAGUCCCUCGGCCAUGCCGAUGUCAUCGGAGAUGAGGAAUACGCACCCUCCGAGGCGGACCCUCAGCUGAUAUCGCAGCUUAUCAAUGCAUCCUCCAAUGGGCAUUCCAUGGAUAUCCACGACUUCACAAGGGCGCGGCUUCGCCGCGAGGAACCGUACGAGCAGCCGCUGGAUCCUCUGCACGAGGAGAUUGCGCGCGGGGAGAUGUCGAUGGUCCUCGGCAUCUUUGGACAGGGCAAUGAGGCGGUGCCCGUGCGGUGGUUGAAUGACUGGUGGCUGAACGAGCGAUUCCCUGAGGAUUGGGAGCCAAAACACGAGCAGACGUUGCUGAAGACCGUCCGCACGUCGUACAGGAUCAAGCAGCUGAUGCAAGCCGCUGAGGGACAAUAG